AUGUUUGUAGGGCCUAGCGGUGCGUUCGCUCCAGGAGUUCCCGGAGAGCGCUUGAGGCGGCAACGCCUGCGACCUGAAAAGCUACUUGGCUGUGAGCGACGGUAUCGAGAGGGCUUUGCCACGUUCGAGCUUCCAACAGCAAAUGCGUUCUACAGAGCCGCGUCGAAGCCAGUUCGCGACCUUGGCGUACUUGCCGCACUGGUCUGGAGCGAGGCAAUAGGUGAACGUCUUCGAAUAGCCGACCUCCUCGCUGGACCAAGUGCGGUGCGCGCCCUGCGCUAUGCCACAGAGACUAACGCGAGAGCGGUGCUGGUGAACGAUGCAAUAUCGGGGCCCGGUCGAACAGUGCUUGAGAGGAACACCACGGGAGUCAGCGAAGAUACGGUGUGGAUUCGUCGUCACGAUAACCUUUUCGAACUCGCGCAAAGCGAGGAAUGGAUUCACUCCUUCGACCUCAUUGAUCUUGAUGCUUUCGGCACCGGUGCUGAUGAAGUCGCCAGUGGUGUCCUGAAUAUGCUUCGCUGUCGGCGAAUGAAGACCGCAUGGAGCGGAAACGACGACUCCGCGGCUGAGAAGGAUGCAACUGCUGGAGCGCUCUUAUACUGCUGCUCGACUGCAUCGGUGACUGCAGCGGGUCUGAACCCCGGUAAGGCACAAAAGACGUAUGGAGCGGCACUGGUGCGUCAUGCGGCAGUCCAUGAACAGGGUUUACGACUCCUGAUCACUGUCGUUCGGAAACACGCCCAACAAAGCGGAUUCAUAGCGCAACCGUUGUUCUCAUACUUCCAUCGUGCUGGUGGGACGUUUCGCGUCAUGUUCCGCAUCCUGCAACCAAGGCACGAUGAGCUGGCGUUAGCGUCGACCGCAGCUGCGGAUACAGGGCUCCUGCAUCUUUGUCAGCAAUGUGGGCAGCUCUGGUGUGUAACAUCAACGAUCAAGGAUGCAGUAGCGAGCUCCGUCUGCCCGGGCUGUGGCAACGACGCCGCUGCACCACAGGUACGCACGAGUGGACCCUUCUACAUGGGACCUCUUCACGACGGUGAUUUCGUGGAGCGUAUGCUUACCGUCAGUCGUGAAGCACCGGCCGGUCACUUCGAUCGGGCAGCGAUUGCAGCUCUCAAGCUCAUGAUUCAUGAGACGAGACUCAAUGCGCAUCCGUUUUAUUACCGCGUGGGUGAUCUAGCUCGACGAGCUCGCCGUUCUCCGCCGCCGAUUUCGAAACUCAUAGAGCGUCUUCAAUGGUACGAGCGUACCUAUCGUGAAACCAGGCGCAUGCCCGAAGCAGUUGUUCGGGCCCAGUGGCAGGCUGCUCGCGCCUCCGUGGACCCCCAAGGCGUUCGUACCGGUUUGCCGAUACCGGCGAUUCUCUCGGCCGUAGCGGAGGCGAGUGCCUUCCGACAGCAGCAGCAGCAGCAGCAGCAGCGUUCUCGGGCUUUGCUUUGA